AUGGAACAUCCUCAUGAAAGGUUAAAGCGUGAAGAAUUUCGGAAGAGGAUCAUUCGAGUCAGUUUAAACAUUUCGUUGAUAGUGUUUAUACCAUCUUUUGUAUUGUUUUCUAUGUGCACGUUCUUGUUUUGGCGUUCUAUAGUGUUUGCGAUGGUACUGUCUUGUGUUGUUGUAAGCUAUACAAUAGUACUUUUUAGUAUAUGUACGGGGGACAAGACGUAUCACGAUGAACCGGGACUGUUUUACUUGACACGGAGUGGGUGGACUAAACUUGGAUUACUCUUUUUAGGGGCGAGUUUCUAUGGAUAUUUCUCAUUCAACAUUUUUCGGAGUGGGUGUGGCUUUUCUACAGAAGCAAACGACGUCGACGAAUUCAAAUUGGUCUUUUCAAUGGUCGGUGUUUUGACAGGAAUUGUCAACUUUAACAUUUCAUUAUUCCUUGACGGACUUUAUAUUCCUUUCUUUUCUGUUGGUGCUCUAUCUGUCGAGACUUUCUAUGACUCAAGUAAGAAAGUUGCCACUCAAAGUCUUAUUUUGUGCGCAAUCAACUCAAUCAUAUUCCUUGUCUCUUAUGCUUUAGUCAAAAUGUUUGUAUUAAUUCUCUACGGAUUUAGUAGAGAUAUUGCUAUCCAUCGGUAUACUUUCAGUUUACACAACUUGGUUGCGAGCACUUUAUGCGUCGCUUUGUUCUCUUUAUACACACGCAUUUCGUUUAACCUUCUCGACUCGACAAUGAGCGCCGAACUUCCUAUAGAAAAUAAACUUUGCUAA